AUGGAUUUGCACAGUAGUAUAUUAGAGAAGGCUGGAAAGUGUGGUAAAAAAUGCGUGAAGCAAUUAUUUUUUCGUAUUCCGAUAUCAUUGAAGCAAGGUUAUGUUAAGUUUGGGAAGUACGCGAUGUUGGGUGAUGACGACAUGCGAGUUAUAUUUCACAGUCAAUCAAUAUUUUCCGACUUAGGCGCGCUGGAGUUGUUUGCCAGAAUGGUUGACGUGGAGGGCAGUAGCGGGGGAUCUGCUCCGAAACUGCCCACUAGCGUCAUAGAAGGGACUUCCACCGCCAUUCCAACAGGGCAACCAGUGACUCCACUUGUUUUGUCCCCAUCUUUUGCUGCUGAUUUGCCUGUCCCGGGUGAUGACUUGGGUGAUGGGCGGAGCUUCGGCCAGCUUGCAGCUGCUAUGGGAUCUGCACAUGUAGUGGACGGUGUACCCGCAUUCAUGGAGGUAAGAGAGAGAGAUCCGUUUACGGAGGCUAUAGGUGAUGAUGGGUCAGAUUCGGAGCCACCAAUUAUUGGUGACGAGAGCGACGGUGAAGAGGACACUGCAUUUGCCGGGGGAGCUCAAACCCAUGGUAGCAGUGGUACACAGCAGCCUAGCGUGAUUGGCACGAACGAGUUUGAGGUCGGGCAACGGUUUGAAACAAAAGAGGAAGCUGUACUAACAAUCAAGAGUUAUAAUAUUCGGCGGGGUGUAGAGUAUAAAGUGUUUGAGUCCGACCAGUUGAAGUAUCAUGGGAAGUGUGUCCAGUUCGGGAAUGGUUGUAACUGGCUGAUCCGUGUCACUAUGAGGCAGAGGAAAGGCUACUGGGAAGUCAGAAAGUACAGCGAACCACACACGUGUCUAGCAACGGAGAUAUCGACGGAUCAUAGACAGCUUGAUUACCAUGUCAUAUGUGCCUCGAUUCUGUCAUUGGUGAUGGCUGAUGCAUCGGUCUCAGUUAAGGUGUUACAGAAUGCGGUGUCUUCGAAGUUUGGAUUCAAGCCCAGCUACAGGAAGGUUUGGAUGGGCAAGCAGAAGGCAAUUGCUCAAAUAUAUGGAGAUUGGGAGGAGUCUUACAACCACAUACCACGUUGGAUCAUCAGGGUUCAGUUGUAUAUAUCGGGUACUAUUGCGCUUUUGCGCACUUCGCCAGUAAGGAUAGGUAAUAUCGUAGAUGCGUUAACGGUUUUCUUUCAUCGACUAUUUUGGACGUUUCCUCCAUGCAUUGAGGCAUUUAACUAUUGCAAGCCACUGAUAUCCAUCGACGGGACCCAUUUGUAUGGGAAGUAUGGCGGCACUCUUCAAAUGGCUAUUGCCCAGGAUGGAAACUCGAACAUUCUCUCAGUGGCUUUCGGGUUAGUCGAAGGGGAAAACACGGAUUCGUGA